AACCGGGGAGAACGAAUCGAACGAGGCGUCGGAGACGACGGGGAGGGAGCUUGCGCCGCGAUCGGAGCGAAUGGAGACGGCGGCGUUCUCCGCGGCGGCGCCGCAUCCGGGCGCGGGGCUGGGUCUGGGCGGCGGCGGGGCGGUGGACGAGCAGCAGGCGGCGGGGGUCGGGAUCCUGCUGCAGAUAUCCAUGCUCGUGCUCUCCUUCGUGCUCGGCCACCUCCUCCGCCGCCGCAAGUUCUACUACCUGCCCGAGGCCAGCGCAUCCCUCCUCAUCGGGAUGAUUGUUGGAGGAUUUGCUAACAUAUCAAACACGCAGAAAAGUACUAGGAGAUGGUUCAAUUUUCGAGAGGACUUCUUCCUUCUCUUUUUACUUCCUCCAAUUAUAUUUCAGUCGGGAUUUAACUUAGCACCAAAACCAUUCUUUUCAAAUUUUGGUGCUAUCAUAACUUUCGCAAUCCUGGGAACCUUCAUUGCUUCCAUAGUUACGGGGCUUCUCGUCUAUCUUGCUGGGUUAAUAUAUAUCAUCUAUAGGUUGCCUUUGGUUGAAUGUAUGAUGUUUGGUGCUCUUGUGUCAGCAACAGAUCCUGUAACUGUGCUAUCUAUAUUUCAGGUUUAUGCCAUCUCUUCUUAUACUAACAUGUGCAAGUUUAGUUACUGUUUCUCAAAAGAAAUGAUUUACAUAUUAUUCGUGGAAUUACAGGAACUCGGCACCGAUGUGAACCUCUAUGCUCUUGUUUUUGGAGAAUCUGUUCUAAAUGAUGCUGUGGCUAUAUCCUUGUACAGGACCAUGGCAUCUAUGAGGACGAAUUCUCCCGAUCAGAAUUUUGUCGUAGUCAUCUUGAGGUUUCUUGAGAACUUCGUUGGUUCAAUGUCAUCAGGAAUCGGAGUUGGGCUUAUCUCUGCUCUCCUCUUCAAGUAUGCAGAACUUGGCGUCGAGAACCUUCAUAAUCUGGAGAGUUGCUUGUUUGUGCUUUUCCCUUACUUCUCGUACAUGUUAGCUGAAGGCCUUGGCUUGUCUGGCAUUGUUUCUAUUCUCUUUACCGGGAUUGUAAUGAAGAGAUAUACAUUCUAUAACUUAUCAGCAGAUUCUCAGCGUUUUACUGCUCGUUUUUUCCAUUUGCUUUCAUCACUAGCAGAAGCAUUCAUAUUCAUAUACAUGGGGUUCGAUAUUGCAAUGGAACGUCAGAGCUGGUCUCAUAUUGGAUUCAUAUUUUUCUCGAUUGUCUUCAUAUUAGUUGCAAGGGCUGCAAAUGUCUUCUCUUGUGCAUACAUAUUAAAUUUGGCACGACCACCUCAUUCCCAAAUACCUAGGCAAUAUCAGGUGGCCCUCUGGUAUAGUGGACUCAGAGGAGCUAUGGCUUUUGCCCUUGCUCUUCAGUCAGUUCAUGAUCUUCCUGAAGGACACGGCGAGACAAUUUUCACCGCUACCACAUCUAUUGUCGUUCUCACUGUACUUCUGAUUGGAGGCUCAACUGGAACAAUGCUUGAAGCCCUACAAGUAGUUGGGGACAGUAACCGGUAUCGACAUCCGUACGAGGAGAACUUCGAUGGGAGCAAUGCUGGUUAUGAGGAAGGAACAUCUACUCCGAGCAAAUUUCAACUGAAACUCAGAGAACUUCGGAGAAGCACUUCCUCUUUUGCUUUAUUGGACAGGAACUAUCUCACUCCCAUUUUUACUUCUCAACAUGAGGAUGAUGAUGAUGACGACGACGAAGACGAUGUUGAUGAUGAUUCUGGUGAAGCGUUAGGGAUACCUGCGAGUGGAGAACUAUAGCUAAUGACUGGAAGCACAAGGUGACCAGUUUUCGAUGGAUUUGCAGAAAGAAGCUCUCAGAUUCUCAAAAAAAAAAAAAAGCUCUCAGAGUUGGUGAGACUGCCACAUAUUAGACCAAGAGGCAUAGCAGAGUAGUGUAUGGAGACAUUAGGAUAGUUCAGCAUGUGUUAGUAAAGAGUAUUUUGCUUCCUUUGUAAGUAUAGAGUUGGCGUGAAAUUUUGUUCUUCCAUUUUGCCGUCUUAUGUAAUUCUACGGGUUCAUCCGAGUUGACCAUGUUGGUGGUUUGAGGCAUUGUCCACUGCUUUUGUGUGGCGUGGUACGGCUGUACGAUGGAGCAGAA